UUCAGAGUGUCAGGGAAUGAAUGAUUGCUGUAUUUACUUAUUGGUCCACCCUUUGCAUUUACAGUGUCUAAAGAAAUAUUUGUGUGUAUUAUAUCACACAGUAACUGUAGGAUUAGCUCAGAAAGGGAGUGGUUUGUUCAGUCAUAUGAAUUAUGAGAAAUCAUAUGGUCAGAACCAGAGACUCGUCGUCACUGCUGAUAUGAGCAAGCAGAAGACAGGAAACCCUGGUUGGAUAAAGACAUGAGGAGAACAAGUCAACCAGCUGUUCUCAAGGAACCAAAUGUCUGUCUACUUAUUCAGCAUUAACAAGACAAUUCUGCCAGAAGUGUUCAUCAAAUGCCAUAAAUCAUAAUCAUGAAAUCUGGAGAGAAAUUUACCUGGUUUCGGUGGCUAUCCACAGUUUUUGGAAUCAUUUUUCAUUUAGGAGACACUGGAUCAGACUUCAUGUUAUCUGUGCAGUACUUCAGAAGUGGACAUCUCAUCUGGGCCACACUGACUCUUGUGUUUGUUCUGGCUGGAUCUGUAUGCAUACAGGCAUUCAGCUAUGCAUGGUUCAAAGAUGAUAAGAACAAUUAUGAAGAUGACAAGGGUCUGUCCACUUGCCAUCUGAUCGGGAUACAUGUACUGCAGAUAGGCAUUUUUACAAGGUAUAUCCAUCUCCUGAAGAAGAGUUUUAAAGCCCUGCGUUCGGGACAGGAGGAGCAGUUACAGCUUUUCGGUCUUGCUGCCGAUCUUAGCAUGCUCCGCAUCUUUGAGACAUUCCUGGAGAGCAUUCCUCAACUCAUUCUGCAGGCUUAUAUCAUACUGGAGCACAACCAUCGCUCUAAUCUGCAAUACAUCAGCAUGGCCCUGUCUUUUCUCUCCAUAGCCUGGGCCACGGUAGACUAUCGUCGCUGUUUACGGCAAUCUCUUACUUACCUCAACAACAUGCCUUCUGGAGUCCCAACAAUCGUAUAUCUGUCCUACAAAAUCUUUACCAUGACCCCUCGAAUCCUCAGCCUCACGCUCUUCAUCAUGCUCUCCCCCUUCAGUACUGUAACAAUGGCCUGCAUCUGGCUGUUGGGAACCGUCUGGGCAUUCUUGGAGCAGACUAGCUUCUGCACUUCACGAGCCCUUGAACAUCUUUAUCGAGCCGUUGUUGGAGUUAUUCUCAUUUUCACCUUUUUUAACAUUAAAGGACAGAACACCAGAGUUCACAUGACACUGUAUUACACUUUCAGUGUGUGUCACAACCUUUCUGCACCUAUUGUGUUGUUUCUGCUCAAACCAGAAUCUGAACGUACUGACUACUUCCUGCCAAUUAUAUUUUUUAUAUUAGUGUCAAAUUUAAUGGGCCUGGGUUUUCUGGGACUCUAUUACAGCCUCCUGCACCCUCGUGGAUCUGGCAAAGGGGAAAUAGAAGCAGAAGGAAUGGACGAAACAGAUGGAAUGAAAAUUGAGCCAAAAACAACACGUUUACAGCAUUUUUUGCAAAUAUAGUCUUGCUCAUUAACUAAUGAACUUGAUUAAGAAAAAGGUACACACACACACACACACACACACACAUAUAUAUAUAUAUAUAUAUAUAUAUAGAGAGAGAGAGAGAGAGAGUGAGAGAGAGCGAGAUUUAUGUUGGAAUUGAUAAAGUGUGAAGAAACUACAGUAUGUUUAAAUGUAAUAACAUGUCUGAAAGCUGCUAAGGAAGGUGUUACAUCUUAUUCUAGGUAUGAAAUGGUGAGGUUUCAUUGAAGCUGUCAAAAUGACAAAUAAGCUUUCUACUGCCAAUUUUUUGCCUUAAUUUCUCCCAUAGAGCUGUCCAGUUUACAGUCCUAUAGUGACGAAUAAUGACAGAACUUUUGAUUUUUGUCAAAAGGGCCUGAAUGGAGUAUGUUUGUUAACUCCUCAAGUCAAUGCAGCUGUUCACAAUUGUUUAGCUUUAAGUUAUAAUAUGCAUUAGUACUUUAAGUUUGUGGUUACUGAAAGUUUUUUUUUUUUAAUGUGUAAAUGAACAUGAAUUGUUUGGGGUCACAAUAUUUGAAAUAUUUUUAAAUUAAGUAUAAAAAUGAAUACAUGCUGCUCACAGUCAUCUGAUCGAAAAUAUCAAAUACAGUAAAAUUUGUAAUUU